UUUCAAAGCGGUGGCAGCAGCGGCGCUUGGAGGAAAGGAAGCCGGUUGGAGGGCGCAGCGCACCCCUGCUGCGCGGAGGAGGGGGCUGAGCUGAACACAGCAGAAGUUACACGCACAAGCAGGCAAAAAUUCUGACGUUCUCAAGAGACCAGCUCUGCCCCCGUGGCUCAACUGACCCUACCAUGUGGACGCUGCUCCUCCAGGUGGGAACUGGAGUUUUGAAAUAAAAUGGAUGAUUUGACGUUACUUGAUCUUCUGGAGUGCCCUGUGUGCUUUGAGAAGCUCGAUGUCACAGCCAAAGUCCUCCCUUGCCAGCACACCUUCUGCAAACCAUGUCUACAGAGGGUUUUCAAGGCCCACAAAGAGCUGCGGUGCCCCGAAUGCAGGACGCCUGUGUUUUCCAACAUUGAGGCGCUGCCGGCCAACCUGCUGCUCGUGCGCCUUCUGGAUGGAGUGCGCUCAGGGCAGAGCUCCGGGAGAGGGGGCUCCUUCCGCAGGCCUGGCACGAUGACCUUGCAGGAUGGCAGGAAAAGCAGGACCAACCCCAGACGUCUGCAGGCCAGUCCUUUCCGGCUAGUGCCUAAUGUCAGAAUCCACAUGGAUGGGGUGCCUCGAGCAAAGGCCUUAUGCAACUACAGAGGGCAGAAUCCUGGUGACCUAAGGUUUAAUAAGGGAGAUAUCAUCCUUCUCCGGAGACAGCUUGAUGAGAAUUGGUACCAGGGGGAAAUCAAUGGCAUCAGCGGGAACUUCCCAGCCAGCUCCGUGGAAGUCAUCAAGCAGCUGCCCCAGCCGCCCCCGCUCUGCAGGGCCCUCUACAACUUCGACCUACGAGGCAAGGACAAGAGUGAGAACCAGGAUUGCCUGACCUUCCUCAAGGACGAUAUCAUCACUGUGAUCAGCCGAGUGGAUGAGAACUGGGCAGAAGGCAAGUUAGGAGAUAAAGUAGGCAUCUUCCCUAUCUUGUUUGUAGAGCCAAACCUCACCGCAAGACACCUUCUAGAGAAGAACAAAGGUCGCCAGUCAUCCCGCACAAAAAACCUGUCCCUGGUGUCCUCAUCCUCCAGAGGCAACACGUCUACCCUCCGUAGGGGUCCAGGGUCCAGGAGGAAGGCGCCUGGGCAGUUUUCCAUCACAACAGCCUUGAACACCCUCAACCGGAUGGUCCAUUCUCCUUCAGGGCGCCAUAUGGUAGAGAUCAGCACCCCAGUGCUCAUCAGCUCCAGCAACCCCUCUGUGAUCACCCAGCCCAUGGAGAAAGCAGACGUUCCUUCCAGCUGUGUGGGACAGGUCAGCACUUAUCACCCCGCACCUGUCUCUCCAGGACAUUCCACAGCCGUGGUCAGUCUGCCUGGCUCCCAGCAACACCUCUCAGCGAACAUGUUUGUAGCCCUGCACUCCUACUCAGCCCAUGGACCCGAUGAGCUGGACCUGCAAAAGGGAGAAGGUGUCAGGGUCCUGGGGAAGUGCCAGGAUGGCUGGCUCAGGGGCGUCUCCUUGGUCACCGGGCGAGUCGGCAUCUUCCCAAACAAUUACGUCAUCCCCAUUUUCAGAAAGACCUCUAGUUUUCCAGACUCCCGGAGCCCUGGUCUCUACACCACAUGGACGUUAUCCACCUCCUCUGUGUCCUCCCAAGGCAGCAUUUCGGAAGGUGAUCCACGGCAAAGCCGUCCCUUCAAAUCCGUCUUUGUGCCCACUGCCAUAGUCAACCCCGUGAGAAGCACAGCCGGCCCUGGGACUUUAGGACAAGGGUCUCUUCGGAAAGGGCGGAGCAGCAUGAGAAAGAGUAAGUGGUGGCAGAGAGAUGGAUCCCUGCAGAGACCCCUCCAGUCCGGGAUCCCCACUCUCGUGGUAGGCUCCCUCAGACGCAGCCCCACCAUGGUCGUUCGGCCUCAGCAGUUCCAAUUCUACCAGCCACAGGGGGUCCCCUCCUCCCCCUCAGCCAUGGUGGUGGAGAUGGGGUCCAAGCCUGCCCUCACGGGGGAGCCCGCCCUCACGUGCAUCAGCAGGGGCAGCGAGGCCCGGAUCCACUCCGCGGCCAGCUCCCUCAUCAUGGAAGGAAAAGAAAUCCCCAUCAAGAGUGAGCCUCUGCCAAAACCGCCCGCGUCUGCCCCACCAUCCAUCCUGGUGAAACCAGAAAACUCAAGAAAUGGCAUCGAAAAGCAAGUCAAAACCGUGAGAUUUCAGAAUUACAGCCCUCCUCCCACCAAACAUUACACCUCCCAUCCCACCUCCGGAAAGCCUGAACAGCCAGCCACCCUCAAGGCGUCCCAGCCUGAAGCAGCGUCCUUGGGCCCAGAGAUGACCGUCCUAUUUGCCCACCGAAGCGGCUGCCACUCCGGACAGCAGACAGACCUCCGGAGAAAGUCAGCUCUUGGCAAGGCCACAACCCUGGUGUCCACUGCCUCAGGCACGCAGACCGUGUUUCCCAGCAAAUGAACCUACGGGUGGCUUUUCCUAGACCCCAAAGAGGUGAAUUGCAUUUAAAUACAGUCUGCCUGCACUGAGGGCAUCCUGCCAUUC